AUGGAGAUUGAGACUACUCAGAAGGUUGCUGACCCUCUCCGCACUGUCAAGGACUUGGCCGCGGGUGCUGCUGGUGGAAUAGCACAAGUUCUUCUUGGUAUGUGCAAGCUAGAAAUAUCAAUUGAUGGAGUUCUCUACUUCAAAUGGAGUCAACCAUUUGAUAUCGUCAAGGUACGCCUACAGACCACCACUCAAUACUCGAGCGCGCUGGAGUGCGCAACCAACAUCUUCAAAAAUGAGGGCCCUGCAGCCUUCUAUAAGGGAACCUUGACACCCUUGAUCGGAAUUGGUGCCUGCGUCAGCGUUCAGUUUGGCGCAUUCUACGAGGCACGUCGCCGUCUUGAGCAAUUGAAUAAGAAGAAGUAUGCCGACUCUACUCUCUCUUACGGGCAAUUCUUCUUAGCCGGUUCCUUCGCCGGUGUCACCAACUCCGUGCUAUCGGGUCCUAUCGAGCACGUGCGUAUUCGUCUACAAGCCCAACCCCACGGUGCUGGACGUCUUUACGAUGGUCCUCUAGACUGCGUACGUAAAAUAUCUGCACACGAUGGUUUGAUUCGUGGUCUAUUCCGUGGCCAGGCGGUUACUAUUCUCCGUGAGGCCCAGGCUUAUGGUACUUGGUUCUUGGCCUUUGAAUAUAUGAUGAACCAGGAUGCCAAGCGCAACAACAUCAAGCGUGAGGAAAUCUCCACCCUUAAGGUUGCUGCUUAUGGUGGUUUGGCCGGUGAGGCCCUGUGGUUAGCCAGUUAUCCAUUCGACGUUGUCAAGAGUAAGAUGCAGACCGAUGGAUUUGGUGCGGACCGGAAGUUCAAAAGCAUGCGUGACUGUUUCAAGAAGACAUUUGCUGUUGAGGGCUUUGGUGGCUUCUGGAAGGGUAUUGGGCCUACUUUGCUGAGAGCUAUGCCUGUGUCGGCUGGAACCUUCGUUACUGUCGAACUCGCCAUGAAGGUUCUUGGUUGA